CCGACACUGACACAGAGCUGGCUUGCCGCUGCACGAGCGAGUCCGCAUCUGGAGCAGAGAGGAAGCCCGUCCUGACAUCUGGAUCGCUCGCUUGUGUCUCCGGUCCGUGAGCGUGAGGAGAUCUAACCCGGACUCCAGGCGAUGGCUCAGCUCUGGACCCUCCUGCCGGCCCUGCUGCUGGUUUUAACCGUGGCCGAACGUCUGGACAGCCAAGAGGAAAAUGAAAAUGAAGUCCUGAAACACACAGAGGGGGAGCUCAGCAAGAGCCAGACUGAGGUGGCCGAGAACGCCAUUGGAAAUCUCAGUGAACCCACACUGAGCCGCACCCCUACCACAACCGCUUCCCUGACAGCCACAGUCUCCCUGAGCCCUACACUUGCUCCUCGGUGUCCAGAGAACCAGGUGAUGCUGGAGAACGGGACAGGCUGCGGCUGUCCGCCGGGCCUGGUGAAGGGUGGAGACAACUGUACCUGCCCUGUGGGCUUCACUCUGGGGGCAGCUGCACAGUGUAAAGAUGUUGAUGAGUGUGAAGGAGAGGGGUCCGGACCAUGUGGCCUCCAUGCCAGCUGCACCAACACCCCCGGCUCUUACUCUUGUAGCUGUCUCCGUGGUUACCUGAUGGGUGCCGGAGGGUGCCAGGAUGUAGAUGAGUGUGCUCUAGCUGAGGUGACCGGCCUGCAGGCCUGUCGAGGCAACGCCGAAUGCAGAAACAGCCCUGGCUCCUUCACCUGCUCGUGCCCUUCAGGAUAUGUAAUGGCUCUAAAUGGAGAAAGCUGUCUAGAUGUGGACGAGUGCAGCUUCGAGGAGCAGUGUCGCCGUGAGCUGGGAAACGUGUGUGUGAACACUCCCGGCAGCUUUGUCUGCCAGUGCCAGCCAGGCUUCAGAGCGGAGGCCCCCGCCUGUGUUGGUCCUGUGUGUCCAGACUACGCCGUCUGUCAAGAUGUGGAUGAAUGUGCGGAGAGUCCUGCCGUGUGUGAUGGUCAGGGUGUGUGUGAGAACACGCUCGGGAGCUACAAGUGUGUUUGUCGACCAGGUUACCGGGGAAACGGCACACACUGCGAAGAUGACAAUGAGUGUGCGUCAGGUGGCCACGGGUGUGACAACAAUGCUCGCUGUGGAAACAUCAUUGGCUCCUAUUUCUGCCAGUGCUACCAGGGCUUCAACGGAGACGGGCACACUUGUUUUGACAUCGAUGAGUGCGCUGUGAACAACGGCCACUGUGAGCACAACUGCACCAACGAGGCCGGAGGGUACAGCUGUCGGUGUGCAUCAGGCUACCAGCUGGACCAGGAUGGACACAACUGCACAGAUGCGGAUGAGUGCUUGGCACUGAAUGGGACCUGUGAGCACGUUUGCCUGAACACUCAGGGAUCUUUCCGGUGCUCCUGCAGGCCUGGCUACCAGCUGCACAUUGAUGGCCACACCUGCGUGGACAUUGAUGAAUGUAAACUGCAGAAUGGUGGCUGCUCCCACACGUGCAGCAACUCUCCUGGAGGACACACUUGCCACUGCCCUCCUCCUCUGCUGCUCGACACAGACGACUUGACCUGCAGCAAUUUGACAUCUUGCAAGUUGAGAAAUGGUGGCUGCAACCACCUGUGUUCUGUGAGGGCUGAGGGUCAGGUCCUGUGCAGCUGUCGAGCAGGCUGGAAGUUGGGCGAGGACCUGAGGAGCUGCGUAGAUGUGAACGAGUGUGAGGACUUCACAAACGGAGGCUGUGAGCAGCUCUGUGUGAACCAUCCUGGCGGGUUCAACUGCACCUGCAGGGAAGGGUAUAAAGUACAAACCGAUGACCUCACCAAGUGCCAGCCUGUGUGUGACCCUCCCUGCCACAACUAUGGAGUGUGUGUGGCACCCAACAGCUGUGACUGUCCUCAAGGCUACCCGGGACUAGGCUGCUCAGCCAUGUGCUCCCCACCCUGUGCCCACGGAGGCACCUGCAUGCGCUGGAACAAGUGUCUGUGUCGUCCUGGCUGGACCGGAGAAGGCUGCCACGCAGCGGUGUGUGAGUUGCCCUGUGCUAACGGUGGUCGCUGUGUGGGGCCUGAUACCUGCCAGUGUCCCUCUGAUUACACCGGCCCCCAGUGCCUGUUGCCGUUGUGCACCCCUGCCUGUAAAAAUGGGGGAAGAUGUGUGGAUGUCAACAAAUGCACAUGUGUUGCUGGAUGGCAAGGAGCUCGAUGCCAGAUAGAGCCUGUUCAGUGUCACAGACCUUGUAAGAACGGUGGAGUGUGCGUGGGCCUCAACAGGUGCCGCUGUGCCAAAGGCUUUACUGGAAGUAUCUGUGAAAUCGCGGUGACCACCCCCUGUGUGCCACCCUGCCAACAUGGCGCCACCUGCAGUCCUCAUAACACCUGCACUUGUCCAGAGGGCACUGCAGGCCUGCGCUGCGAGAGACUGACAUGCCCUGUGGUCACAACGGUGGUCAGCAUGGCUCGAGCUGUCAGAAAGGCGUUUAGGGAGAGUUACGUGGACCGCUGUGGACCCCUGGGAGUUCAGCUAUGCACAAAAUACAGGAUGAACCAGGCACGUGUUUACCUGCAGGCCUACAGGGUGGGCUACAAAAUCCAGUGUCCAGAGAGGAAGGGCAGAUGAUACAAGAUGUAUGCAUGCUCCUCGUCUAUGAAAAAAUCUGGAAACAUUACGAGGCAACACAGGGGGACAGAAAUGAGAUGACCGGUCAGCUGUAAAAAUUAAAUGUAUCUGAGUUACGAGAGAGUGUUCUGGCUUCUCUGAGGGCAGUUUCACCCUUAAAUUAGGCCUCUGUUGAAGUAGGGGACAUGACUGUAUCACAAAGGCUGCUUAUUUUACCGGUGACGUAUGUUGACAUUUAUCUUUAAAUUGAAAUAUUCCUGAAUCUGUGAAAUGAACAACGGUU